AUGGGGCCCCCUAGGACGCGAAGCUUUAGGUUUAUGCUCGUGGGAAUCGGCCCACACGCGAAGCGAACCUACGUCAAGCACUUUCGAAGCCUCAAAGCCGAGGGAAGAGGAGAGAUCGUUGCUGCAGUCGACAUCAUAAGCCAAAGGUCGUCCCUGGAGCCUUAUGCGGCAGAGCAUCUACCAGAUACUCAACUAAUAUUUGUGCCACAAUUCAGGGGCCGGAUGCCCCCAACUGUUACCGAAGCGCUUACAAGAGUAGCACGGUCGCUUGGUGUAGACUGUAUCAUCGUGUCGACGGAACCAGAAUGUCAUAAACCAUACGGUCUGUGGGCUGUGAGCUUAGGGCUCCACGUUAUCAUGGACAAGCCUAUAUCCACUCGAAGACAAGCUUCCAACGAUCCUGAAGAAGCUGCUGGGAUCGCCGAUGACUACAAUGAACUUUUAGAAGCCUACACGGAGCUACAAAAGCACAAAGAAACAAUGUUUCUUAUCAACAGCCAUCGACGGUACCACCCUGGCUUUCUCGGUACGAGGGAUUUUAUCACAGAUAUACGGAACAAGACGAACUGCCCUGUUACAAGCCUAAUCUCGACCCAUUGCGAUGGCCAGUGGCGAUUGCCGGAUGAAAUUGUCGAUCAGCAUUACCACCCUUUCCGCUACGGCUAUGGCAAGAUAUCUCACAGCGGCUAUCACUUCUUAGACACCUGCUACAAGUUUUUCGAGGCAGGAUGGAGUGCGGGAAAGAGACCUGACCAGAUUGAAAUGGUUACUACCUUCAGUCGUCCCAAUGAUUUCAUGUACUCAUUGAGUCACGAGGAACACGGUCAGGCGCUCGGUCGUGAUGAAUACAAUAAGCACGCCAAGUACAGCGCAGACGAACUUCGAGAACAUAUGCAAUCCAUGGGAGAGGUUGAUGCGAUGAUCCAAAUCACCUUUAGAAGUCGCGGCAAUGUGCUCGGAAUGGCGCAAUUGAAUCUCCUCCACACCGGAUUUUCUCGCCGUGAUUGGAUCGACCAAGGGGCGAACCCAGAUCUAUACAAGGGUUGCGGGAGAGUAAAGCACGAAGCCCAUGAGGUCAGAAGUGGGCCAUUCCAAACAAUCGUGAUUGACUCACGCCAGGCAAAUGACAAACAUGACCGCAGCAAACCCAGCACUGCCGAACUAGGGAGCGACAAUCACUUCGAAGUCCAGACAUGGCGUAAUUGCGGUGUACUAGGCGAAGACGAACCUCUCAAGACUUACACAAUCGACGAUCUAGACAAGCGUUUCAACACCAAGGCGACUGGUAUUUACAUGGAAAACAUCAAGCAAGGUAUUUUGUGGGAGGCGCUGAACUUCCUCGAGGGCAGUAUACCUAUUGAUGCACUUACAUCAAAUUUGCCGGAUCACAGCAUACCUGCCACUAUGAUGAGCGCAGCCUACAUGUCACACAUCCGUCGCUCUCGAGGUUUAAAUCCCAUAACACAUAUUAAUAUAACGUAUACGAAUGAGGACUGCUAG